AAUUGGUGAAUUUAUUUAGAUCUACUGUUAACUGUUUCUUGAAUGAAUGAGCGCAGCAAAGCGAGAACUAUACGCCGGCGGGUCGGAUCCGCAGCCCGGACAGAGCAACCAUCAUGCACCCUCUUUCCAAGAAGCUGAAACAACCAUCUUCAUAUUUCUCAUUCUUCUCUCCUUCUUCCCUAUUUCUUUGUCUACUCUGUGUUGCCGCUCUCUUCUUUAGGUUUUUGCUGUUGAAGUCCUCUCCAUCUUCACCUCCAAAUGACAGUCCCACCAACCGGGAACCGUUGUUCUCUCCUUCUUGCAAUGUUUCGCAUGGACGGUGGAUCUAUGACCCGACAGUCAAGUCUCCUCGCUAUGAUGAUACCUGCAAGGAGAUAUACAAGGGAUGGAAUUGCAUUGGGAGGAACAAAAACAAUGCGCUCGAUAUCUUCAAGUGGCGGUGGAAACCCUACGAGUGCAAUCUCCCUCAGUUCAAUGCUCUCCAAUUCCUCGACCGUUUCAGAAACACCAAUAUUGUGCAGGGUUUAUUGGUGACUCCUUAAAUAGGAACAUGUUUGUCUCCUUGUUUUGUACUUUAAAACGAGUGUCUGGUGAAGUGAAGAAAUGGCAUCCUGCUGGUGCAGAUCGUGGCUUUACCUUCCUCAAGUAUAACCUUACCAUUGCAUAUCACAGGACCAAUCUUUUGGCUCGUUAUGGUGGACAGCCAAUGCCAAUGCUGGUGUACUAGAAUCUCUUGGAUAUAAGGAGGGAUUCAAAAUUGAUGUUGACAUACCGGAAGGAACAUGGGCAGAUGCUCCAUUCUUCCAUGAUAUUCUUAUCUUUAACACGGGGCACUGGUGGUGGGCUCCUUCGAAGUUUGACCCAAUAAAAUCACCCAUGCUUUUUUUCAAAGAUGGGAAACCUGUCAUGCCUCCUGUACUGCCCGAAACAGGCCUUGAUUUGGUUCUUCAACAUAUGAUAUCAUAUAUAGAGGAAAGAAUUCGGGAAAAUACCAUCAUAUUAUUUAGAACACAGUCUCCCAGGCAUUUUGAGGGUGGUGAUUGGGACCAUGGUGGCUCCUGUCAGCGUACACACCCUUUGUCUCUUCAAGAGGUAGAAGAAUUUUUCUCUCUCAAGAAUAAUGGAACUAAUGGUGAGGCACACCUUGUGAAUCAACACCUUCGCAGGAACUUAGAUGGAACUAAAUUUAGAAUAUUGGACAUUACUCAUAUGAGUGAAUUCAGAGCGGAUGCCCAUCCAUCAACAGUGGGCGGGAAAAAACACGACGAUUGCAUGCAUUGGUGUUUGCCUGGACUUACUGAUACAUGGAAUGACUUGUUUAUAGCACAUAUUAAUUCAUUAACCAUAUAGAGCUCAGGAACUCAAGUGUGUUUUGCAGUUUGGAUCUUUUGUAUAACUGCCUUGAUUCUCAGUAAAUUUAGCCCCUUUUGUUUAUCAAAAUUAUUUGUUACCCUCAUAUGCAUUCACUCCUUGAUUCAUUCUUUGACGGUUUGACCGAUUAACGAUGACUAGUCCAUUUUAAAAUUUCACAUAGCCCACUUUAUAAAGGGUAAUGAAGUCUUAC